AUGAACUACAAUUUGUCAGAAGAGCCUCUUAAGACAGACCAUAGUGAUCAUAGUUGUGCAAAUUCAGGAAAUAGUUCACCAACACAUCCCACAAAGGGGAAUCAAGCAGCAAAAGAUGCAUGCACAACUGAUUAUUCAACAAGUGGAGCUGGAAAUAUGGACCAUGUUUCUAAAACUGAUGCAAAGUUGGCAAGUAAAUCAAAACCUGAGAAAUUAAAACCAACAAGCAGAAACAUUUCUGAUCAUGCACCUAACUCACCAAGACCACCAAUAGGAAUGUCAAAGGGAAUGAUGUCUACCCAUACAAAGACCACAAAUCAAGGUCCAGGGAGUGGAACUAGCUCUAGAAGUGACAGUUUAGAGAGCACAAGUGCAACCAUUAGGCCACAUACUGGUGGUGAUGUAAGGUGGGAAGCAAUUCACAUGGUUUCCAAGGGUGGCCCUCUCAAUCUUAGCCAUUUUAGGCUUCUCAAGCGCAUUGGUUAUGGAGACAUUGGAAGUGUAUAUCUUGUGGAACUUAAAGGAACCAAGGCUCACUUUGCCAUGAAAGUAAUGGACAAGGCAGCUCUUAUAAGCAGAAAUAAGCUUCUGAGAGCACAAACAGAAAGGGAGAUUCUUGGACUUCUUGAUCACCCCUUCUUGCCAACUUUGUAUUCUUACUUUGAAACUGACAAGUUUUACUGUUUGGUCAUGGAGUUCUGUAGUGGAGGUGAUCUUCAUUCUCUUAGACAGAAGCAACCUCACAAGUGUUUCACCGAAGAGGCAGCAAGGUUUUAUGCUACAGAGGUUUUGUUAGCUCUUGAGUACCUGCACAUGCUUGGCAUUGUAUACAGAGACUUAAAGCCAGAGAAUCUAUUAGUAAGAGAUGAAGGGCAUAUCAUGCUAUCUGAUUUUGAUUUAUCACUUCGCUGUUCUGUGUGUCCUACACUUGUGAAGUCUUCAUCUGCAAAUGUAGGCAAUGGUGGUAGUAGUGAUUCUGGAGGCAUGUUAGGUGAUGAGCAAGGAGUGCAAGCAAGUACUCAAUCAUCAUCAGGUUUUUUCCCACGCAUUUUACCUUCAAAGAAGAACCGCAAGUCAAAAUCAGAUUUUGGCCUAUUGGUUGGUGGAACUAGACUUCCUGAACUGAUGGCAGAACCCACCAAUGUACGUUCAAUGUCAUUUGUAGGGACACAUGAAUAUCUUGCUCCUGAGAUUAUCAGAGGAGAGGGUCAUGGUAGUGCAGUAGAUUGGUGGACUUUUGGUAUCUUCUUGUAUGAGUUGUUGCAUGGAACAACACCUUUUAAGGGUGCAGGAUAUAAAGCCACACUUUUUAAUGUUGUUGGUCAACCAUUGAGGUUCCCAGAAACUCCUCAGGUUAGUGCUGUGGCUCGUGAUCUUAUUAAAGGACUGUUGGUGAAAGAACCUCAGAAGAGAAUUGCAUAUAAAAGAGGAGCAACAGAAAUAAAACAACACCCUUUUUUUGAGGGAGUGAAUUGGGCUCUAGUUAGAAGUGCCACACCUCCUCAUAUACCAGACCUUAUUGAUUUUUCCAAAUAUGCUAGCAAAAACACAGCACCCCCACCUGACAAGAAGAUGGCAGAUAUUGCUAAUGAUAAAAACAGUAACAGUAACAGUAACAAUAAUACUGAUUCCUACAUAGAAUUUGAGUAUUUUUAG